AGUAGUUUGGCAGACGUUCAAUCAGUACUCAAGUCAACGUUCUCCAGUUCAGAGCUCCGUAGCACUAAAAAACCCUAACUCAAAAUGGCAAAGUUUGCAGUGAUCUUCUUCCUGUUCGCCCUGUUCGCCGUGGCCAUGUCUGCCCGCAUUGCUCGCGAGGAGCCCACGGUUUCGCCAAUCGACGAUGCUUUCAACAAGGCCAAAGAAGGUCUUGAGAAGAUUGCACAGAACCUUAAAGACUUAGCCGACUCUCCCCAAAUUAAGGAAUUCACAAGCAAGUUUGGUGAAGCUGCCGCUGAUGCUCUGGAGAAGGUAAAGGCUGGUGUUGCUCAAGGCAGCGCCGAUUUCCAGAAGGUGACCUUGCCCCCAGCCCAUUAAGACGUUCAUGGAUUGGCUUUAAAUUAAACCACCACAAAUGUGCCUAAUAAAUCUUUAAAAUUCA